UGCUAAGACGGCACAUUCUAUCCUACCGGUAUUGGCAUGCCUAGUGUCUCCGGAACCUCGGACUUCCAUGUCAUGAGCAAGUCGACGGAUCCAUGACCUGAUCUGGCAAGUGGCAGAGUCAGAAGGUCGCGUCGUGAUAGUGGUGGCACCGUGAAUAAAUUAGCAUGAAUGUCGGGUUGUGAAGGCCUGAGUAGUUUCAAGCCUCCUACGCAAGUUGAGCAUCGGAUUGACCUUCUUGUGCAGAAUUCUUCGACUUACUGGUUUCCCUGUCCGUCAUGCAUCUUUCCUAUUUGCUUGUCCAAGGGCUCUUGGCUGUUUCUGCGGGAGCAUCUCGACACCGAAGAGUCCGCCGACAGAAAGGGCCAACUGAUCCAGGUAUUCCUUCAGACUGCACCUACUGGGAGACAGUGGAGGCCGACGGUCAGGAUUGCACUUACCUUGAGGAUCUCUGGGAGUUGGAGCACGCUACAUUUGUUGAAUAUAACCCUAGUGUCAAGGAUGACUGUAGUGGUAUUCAACUCGGACACUCGUACUGCGUUGAAGUCAACAAUGGGUUCCCUCGUGACGAUGAUCCUCCCAAGGUGACAGGCACUAGGGGUACCGGGCCCGAGCCUACACAAGCUACCAAGCCCAGUCCUACCCAGGACGGACUCAUUGACACUUGCACAUCGUUUUACGAAGCCAAAAAGGGAGAUACUUGCAACAAGAUCAUUGCUCAGUACAAGACCUUUGACUUUGAUGACUUCUUCAAGUGGAACCCGGCAGUCGACAAAGACUGUAGCGGCAUCUGGGCCAAUACUUGGUACUGCGUCGGUGUUCCUGGAACGCCUACGAGCCCGCCAACCAAGACAAUUGUGACUACAACCAAGCCAACUGGAACACCAAAGCCCAGUCAAACCCAAGAAGGGCUUAUUGAGAGCUGCACGGCCUUCCAUAUGGCUGAGAAGGGCGACACCUGUGCUAGGAUUGUGUCAAAGUUUGGCACCUUCGACUUCGACACUUUCUACAAGUGGAAUCCGGCAGUGGGCAAAGACUGUAGUGGCAUUUGGGCAAGUUACUACUAUUGUGUUGGUGUUCCGGGUACCGCUACCGUCAAGCCCUCCGCUACUACACCGAAGCCGACGGCGACUGGAGGAAUUGAGACUCCAUCUCCCAUUCAAGAAGGUUUGGUCAAGAACUGCAACAAGUUUCAUCAGAUCACUUCGACCACCACUUGCUCCUCCAUUGAGUCGUACUAUAAGCUACCGCUCGCCCAGUUCCUUGCUUGGAACCCCGCUGUUGGAAAGGACUGCACUUCUCUCUGGAAAGGCUACUGGGUCUGUAUUAAUGUUGAAGGCUACAGGCCAACCACUACAACAACCGCCAAGCCCACUACCACCAAGCCUGCGAAUGGCAUUACAACGCCUUCACCAAUUCAAGACGGCAUGGUCAAGAACUGCGAGAAGUUCCACCAGAUCAAGUCCACUACUACCUGCACCUCCAUCGAGAACUACUACAACCUGCCGCUCUCGACCUUCCUCUCAUGGAACCCUGCUGUUGGAAAGGACUGCACUUCGCUUCUUGUCAACUACUGGGUAUGCGUUGCAACUGUCGGCUGGAAGCCACCUACGAAGACGACUACGAAGGCCGCCACAACAACCAAGGGCUCCUCCAACGGGAUCAAGACACCUCCUCCUGUGCAGCCGGGCAUGGUAAGCAACUGUAACAAGUUUCAUAUGGUUCAGAAGACCACGACCUGCGAUUCUAUCCAAAACUACUAUAAGAUUUCUUUGGCGGACUUUGUUAAGUGGAAUCCUGCAGUUGGGUCGAAAUGCACUGGUCUAUGGGCAGACUACAAUGUCUGCGUCGGGGUUAUUGGAGGUACUCCUACCAAGCCAGACAACGGGGUUAAGACGCCCUCGCCGAUUCAGCCUGGGAUGGUAAGCAACUGUAAGAAAUUCCAUCAGGUGGCGUCCACAACGACAUGCGACUCGAUUCAGAAGUAUUACAAGAUCACUAUGGCUCAGUUGGCGAAGUGGAAUCCGGCAGUCGGCACUAAAUGCACCGCGCUUUGGGCUAAAUAUUGGGUUUGUGUUGGUGUGUAGAUAGAAAGACAUGGAUCACUAGACGACAAACUCAAUUUCACGUACCUUUCCCACCGUAUUAGCGGUUCAUCUCGAGUCCUAUUCGUAUCAAGAUGAACGCCUAGUUAAAACAAUCGCAGGUACGUGGUUCAGUUAGUUAUGGACAUAAUGAUUUGCAAGGAAAUAACAUUGAAUCUUCAUCUAUCAUAAGCUCAUGGUCAAACCUGAACCGAGGCCUAACGGAUACACUCAAUGGAUCAGCCACCUGAGCCUCAGAGCAAUCACGCAAGGGAGGCAUAGACAUGUCUCCAAUCCAGAGGUAGGUUUCCAAGUCCUUCUCUGGGCUUUCAAACCCCAGAGAAUAAUACUUGUUGGUGUCCAUCAGCUGUGAAAGCAGCAGUGCUUCCCAUAGCUCAAGCAAGCGGCCUGUUUGCAGCCUGACCCAACCCCAGCCACCGUGUUCAAUACGACCUUCCCAAUCAUAGCCAAGUGCCUUGACUACAAAGUUUUGCCGCGCGAUACCCUCAAGUACUGCCUUAUCGGCGACCAGUACAAAACAGAAUGAUACGCCUGCCACCCUCUUCUCUGCUUCGGGGUCUUCUUGUUGACAAACCUCCCGUAGACCCUUAAUAUCGAGGUCUUUCAACAGUAACGGAUCCUCUCUGGGAACCAGUCGAAAUAGGCUCUUGAGAGUCUCCAGUGACGCCACAUACUUGGCUUUAUCUUUAUAAGGGCCCAUAUAGCAAUUUCUGUCCAUC